AUGGAUGAGGAAUGCCAAAAGAACCUGGACAAAAUUUACAAUUGUACUGAUAUAGACUGGUUGGGAGGGUCUGCUCAUGAUGCUACUAUUCUUGCUGAUGCACUAGAGAGUGAGGAUGGGUUAAGGGUUCCACCAGGAAAAUUCUACUUAGUAGAUGUUGGAUAUGCUUGUCGUCCUGGAUUCCUUCCUCCUUAUCGUGGCACUAGGUACCAUCUGAAAGAGUAUGGUGCUAGGAACUACCCAACCAACCCAAGGGAGUUGUUUAAUUUGAGGUAUUCAAGUCUGAGAGUAUCUGUUGAAAGGGCUUUUGGUGCUUUGAAGAACCAUUUUCGCAUCAUUGAUAAUAAACCAUUUCAUCCCUACAAGACACAAGUGAAGCAUGGGGUUGAUGAGGUAGUUCCUACUGAGUUCUCAUGGGUGCCCAACAAUAAUGCUAGUCCUGGACAUGGGGUCCAGAUGGAUGACAAUGUUGUUUGGGCUCAAAGAAUGGCUGAGGAGAUGAAUGCUGAGAUCCUUGCUGCUGAUGAGCUUGUGUUCCCUGGUGGGGCUGUUGGGGCUGUUGGGGCUGAUGGGGAUGAUGGGCCUGUUGGGGCUGUUGGGGUUGUUCCUGGUGCUGCUCAGCAGAGACCUGCUAUGAGGUGGAUAGAUGUGAUGUCUGGAUUUAUUCUUCGCCGCAUUUGCCAGCUGAUUUCAACUGGUGUUAGGACUGAUAAAGGUUUCAAAGAAGUCCACCUCAAUCAGGUUGCCAAGGCUCUGCAUGAGUUCAGUAGCAAUGAAGUCACUAGCACACAGGUGUAUAACCACUUGAGGAAGUGGAGGCAGAGGUGGGUUAAAAUCUCAAAGCUGAGAGAGCUGAGUGGAGCUCUGUGGGAUGGGGACAGUUCCAUGAUUGUCCUUGAGGAGGAGCACUACAAUGGCCACAUCAAGGUACACCCCAAAGAUGCUGAGUACCUCAACAAGCCAAUUGUGUACUACCAGGAGAUGAUGGUCAACUUUGGUAAUGGUCAGGCAACAGGUAAGUAUGCUAUGGGGUCAAAUGAGGCUCUUGGUAGUCCUUCUGACUUUGCUUACAGCCCAAUGAAGCAUGACCUGCCUGAGGAGCUUAGGAGUGGCAAGCCUGAGGCAGCUUAUGUUUCCAAGUCAGAACCACCUGUUGGAAGCAAGAGAAAGAGGUCCAUGCUGUCAGAUGAUGAUGUCCUUGUGUUCACUGGCAUGACUGAUGCAAUGAACAAUGUUGCAGAUGCUAUACGUUCUACCAAGGUUGAGGAUUCCCACCCUGACUUGUAUGGUGCACUGAUGUACAUGCCAGGGUUCAGUGAGGAAGCUCUAAUGCUUGCAUAUGGUCACCUGCUUAACAAUAAGGCCUAG